AUGAGCAAUUUUGGAGGUAACCCAAAUGAUGAGCUUUCCUUCUACAAGAUUGUUUUGGACCCUCGUAUGGAAGAACUGAGAGUUCCAUCGACUCUUGUGAAUCGUAUGAGGGAAGAAACAAUGGGAGAAGUGUUGCUAAAAUGUGGUGAUGGUGACAAGUAUUGGAACAUAACAACACGUGAGGAUGGAAACUCGAUGUACUUCCAUGGUGGUUGGAAGGAAUUUGCGUUGGAGAAUCAUAUUCAAAUGACUCAAGUUUUAUUCUUCAAUUACGAUGGAGCGAAGACAUUUACUGUGCGCAUUUUCGACAAGAACGGAUUAGAGAAAUGA